GCGGGACAGGCGCCGCCGUCUACCCAGUCGGUGGCUUGAUUAUGCGAGCGAGUAGAAACUGGAGGCUCCUUCUUGCUGUCCCUCGCGGCACCAUGCGCGGAAGCCCUGAAUGCAGGACGGGCAUCCGUUGAAAGACAUUGAGUGCCAGGCGAGGGGUGGCCGGGGGCGAGUCAUGGGCGGCGCGCGAGCGCGGGUGCUCAGCUUGUGCCUCAGCCUCUGCUCGUUGGCAUUGCUCGUCACGGCAAUUUUCACCGACCACUGGUACGAAACUGAUCCCCGGCGCCACCGGGAGAGUUGCGAGGACCGCGCCGGCAGCGCCCACUCCCCCGACCAACGCCGCCGACUCCUGCCGCUGCCGCACCUGCCCCUGCGGGAUGCCAAGCCACGGGUCCCCCGCGGAGGCAGUGCGGAGGCAGUUCCUCCCACCGGGAACCGGCUGCUGCAGCUAGAGAACUGGAGAACGCUCCUGGGGCUCCGGUGGCUGCAAUCUCGGUGCGGCCGGCCGCUCUUCGCCACUUACGCGGGUCUCUGGAGGAAAUGCUACUUCUUAGGGGUUGACCAAGAUCUGGAUAACCUACUGGACAGAGGUAUUGCUCAAAGAUGUACAUCAAUCAAGUAUCACUUUGCCACACCAAUAAGACGCUUAUGGAACAUCCCUAUCAAUUUAACAAAGAUUAUCCAGCAGGAUGAAUGGCACUUGUUACAUCUAAGAAGAAUUACAGCAGGUUUUCUUGGCAUGGCAGCAGCUGUUCUUCUCUGUGGGUGCAUUGUAAUUGCAGUUGGUUUCUUUUGGGAGAAAAGCCUCACACAGCAUGUUGCUGGUCUUCUUUUCCUCAUGUCAGGCAUCUUUUGCACUAUUUCUCUCUGUACUUAUGCAACAAGUAUAUCCUUUGACUUAAACCGCCUUCCCAAAAUUAUCUAUGGUCUGCCUGAUGAUGUUGAACAUGGAUACAGCUGGUCUAUAUUCUGUGCAUGGUGUAGUUUAGGACUUAUAGUAGCAGCAGGAUGCCUUUGUACCACUUACCCACUUAUUAGCAGGACAAAGAUUAGCCAUCUAAAAUCUACCAGAGACUCUUCUGUAUGACUUAUUAUGGGGAUCCUUUUUUUGUUUAUAAGGCAACAGGAAGAUACAUAGGGAGCUUAAUUCAGAAUCCAAGCACAAACAAAACCUGAAUCCUUUAAAUACUGAACAUUGACUUAGUAGCCAGGAAACACAAAGGACAUCUAUGUUUCCAUGGUGGCUGAUAUACCAAGUUCAGACAGCAAAACUGUUGUGGAACUAAUGGUAAUUUAGCACAAUAUAUAUGCAUAUGUCACAAAUGAAAUGGAACUAUUUCUACUUGAACAAGUAAACUGUGUUGAUGUUUCAAUUGCUAUUUGCUAUCCAGUAUCAUGAGGUUCCGCUUAAUGGCCAUAUAACUUGAAAAUAAAUAAAAUGGCUUUAAAAAGAUAACUUGCUAUACAAGGUUAAAAAAACAAAAAGCACUGCCAUAUUAUCCAGUCGGUAAGAAUGUUACUUUAUUUUAAUUAUAUUUUAUAUUAUUUUUGUCUUGUUAGGUGAUACUUAGUCUUCUCUAUUAUUUUUAGUAGUUAUUAGAAUGAUGUAUGGGAGAGGUUUCAAAGAUUUCUUGUAUAAGAAAUGAAUGAAUCAUUUCUUUUUAGAAGAAACAGAAAGGUUCUAGAGUCGAAUGACUUCCAGAAGGGGGUAGGCCACUUUACGUAGGAAAAUUUAUGCCUAUACUUCCUUGAAACAUUUUCAUGUUUCAUAUACAAUCCAAUGCCAUAUUUACAAAAAUGAAAUGUAUAAAAUGAAUUACAGCAUUUGCAUUAUUGGAAAUAAUGCAUACUAUGUGUUUCAG